UAGUCCCUUAACCAGACACGCAUCAUCACCACAUCCUCCUAUGCAAUGCAUAUCAUCAACAACGCUUGUUAUACGAUAGCAGUUUGAAAAACACUGCAAUAUCACGUUCAGGAAGCAGGAGUUCCCUAAGUUGGCGAGUCCAACUAUGAGACUCCUUAAUGCCCGUUUAGGUGACAACUUCUUCAUUUGCUGGUUCGUCGUCAAGCUCAAGGGCUGCUGCAACUCCGACGAAACAGCCCCCUGUACUUCCUUUCGAACCAAAGCUGCAACUCUCUCAGCAUACUUUCCUUUGGGGGAACGUUUCAGGUGUUUCCACCUCCAAUUUAGUUGAGUAUUGCGCAGCCCAUCA